AGAGGGUUUCUCUCCUCCGUGGUGGUAAGAUCUAUCAGGACCGAGCGAAGGGACGUAGCUGCUGUUGGAAAGAAGAUACGAAUUAAAAUACAAAGAAAAGCCUCGCUUUUUUUUCGCUUUACCGCUGGAUACCUAACUCGCCCUGGGGUUGGAUUAAUUUGAGCCCCACUUUUUUUAGUUUUUUCUUUUUAAUUUGGCUCCAGAGCUCAGCGCCACUCGAAGACAAUGGGAUCCCAGUCAUCCAAGGGAGAGGUGGCGGCGGAGGCGAGCGCCGCCGAUGCCGCGGCCGUGAAGACCAACGGACAGGAGAACGGACAUGUAAAAACCAACGGAGAUGUCUCCACAAAGCCUGACGGAGAUGCUGCUGCAACCAAUGGCUCAGCCGAGGCAGCCAAGGAGCCCGAAGCCGGGGCGGGGGGCGACGCCAUUGAGCCCGCACCUGCCGCUGACGGAGAGGCUGCCAAGCCUCCGGGUGAGGCUGCUGCGAAGGAAACCCCCAAGAAGAAGAAGAAGAAGUUCUCCCUGAAGAAGACCUUCAACUUCAAGCUCAACCUGAAGAAGAGCAAGAAGAGUGACGCCGUGAAGGAGGAGGCUGCCGAGACUGCCGCCACCCCCUCUGAGGAGAAACCAGCAGAGAACGGCGCUGCCGCUCCAGCAGAGGAGAAGAAGGAGGAGGAGGUGAAGGAGGAGGCUGCUGCUGCAGCUGAGGCUCCCAAGGCGGAGGAGGGGGCCGUCAAGGAGGAGGCACCCAAGGAGGAGGCCAAGGAGGCAGCUGCUCCAGCCCCCGAGGCCACCAAACCAACAGAGGAGAGCAACUCGACCCCCGCUCCCUCUGAAAAGAAGGAGUGAUUGUACGGUCAGCUCGCAAACAACUGUGGAGAACUGUUUUUCAAGAGAGAGAGAGAAAAUAGAGAGUAUAUAUAUAUAUUUAUAUAUAUAUGUGUAUAUGUAUACAUAUGUAUAUGGAUAUAUGUAUAUGUAAAUAUAUACACAUGUAUGUGAAAGACUCCUUUGACGUGCCACUUUUCGUCAUAACAAGACGGCAGACUAGAUUCACUAGAUCACUUCCCUGGGUACUGCUCCACAUCUGGACUGAGGUUUAGGCAGCGAGUGGAUUUGACCGGCCAGAAGGCCCAACUACUGACACCUUGAAGUGGAGCUGGGCGGAGGACGGGUGGAGCUAAGGCACGUUUUCCCUAAAACGUCGUGCGGAGGAAGACGCCUCCUUGCUGAUGGACUGAGGCUGGAUGAGACUGGGACGCCACCACCACUUGAAAUGACUGUUCAUAGAAAAAAAAAACCAAGAACAUUAAAUCAAAAUUAAGAGACUCGUCAACUUUUUACAUUCCUAUAUUUUAACCCAAAUUUGAAGUAUUUUGUGGUGUAUUAUAGA